GUGGCAGUACUAUAAAGUAUAAACAAAAAUGUAUAUGUAUUUUACACCAAAUCCAGACUAAAUACAUAUACAUAUAUACAUACAUGUGGAGUAAAUAUAUUUUUUAAAAGGAAAGAAAAAAUAUACAGUACCAUCAUUUUAUGCAUCUACCUUAACUUCAAUUAAAUUUAACGGUUUUAUUAUCCUUCAUCCUCAAGGCAUUGAUUAUAUUCCAGCUUUACUGCUUACAAUUAUUAUUACUACCAUUUCUAUUUCCAUUCAUGAUAUGAUAAGAACACAAGUGAUAUUUUUCUUUUUCACCAAAAAAACAAAAAGAACACAAGAGAUGUGCUGUGUUUGUUUGUUUGAGUUGUCUGUUGUCCCAAUCUCUUUAAUUAAUUAAUUAAUUUAAAAAUAAAUAAAUGAUGACAACAAAGCAUGAUUCACGCGCGAAUCACGUGGACGGAAAGAUGCUGUUCACUGUAUGUGUAUACACUAAAAUAAUCAAAACAGAAAACAAUUAAAAAAAACAAAAAAUUAAAUACCAACGAUUUCUUACUUCACUUAAGUAGUACUAGAAAAAACAGAACCACCUAAGUGAAACAAAAAACCCAACACAAACGCUAACCCCUAAACUCUGUUUUUUCUUUUUUCCCAUGGAUUCCCUUUCUCUCUUUUGCACCGGAGCUCUUCUCGCCGGCGGCCUCUACUGGUUCGUCUGUGUCCUCGGUCCCGCCGAACGAAAAGGCAAACGCGCCACCGAUCUAUCCGGCGGCUCAAUCUCCGCCGAAAAAGUCCAAGACAGCUACAAACAAUACUGGUCUUUCUUCCGCCGCCCAAAAGAGAUCGAAACUGCCGACAAAGUCCCAGAUUUCGUUGACACUUUCUACAAUUUAGUUACUGAUAUCUACGAAUGGGGUUGGGGUCAAUCCUUUCAUUUUUCACCCUCCAUUCCCGGAAAAUCUCACCGUGAGGCUACGCGCCUCCACGAAGAAAUGGCCGUAGAUCUAAUCAAUGUUAAAUCUGGCGACAAAAUUCUCGACGUUGGAUGCGGCGUUGGUGGACCUAUGAGAGCAAUCGCAGCUCACUCACGCGCUAACGUUGUUGGAAUCACGAUCAACGAGUAUCAAGUGAAUCGUGCAAAACUUCAUAACAAAAAAGCUGGUCUUGAUUCUCUAUGUGAUGUUGUUUGUGGUAACUUUCUUCAGAUGCCGUUUCCCGAUAACACUUUCGACGGCGCGUAUUCAAUUGAAGCAACGUGUCACGCGCCUAAGCUUGACGAAGUUUACGCUGAAAUUUUUAGGGUUUUGAAACCAGGUGCACUUUAUGUAUCAUAUGAAUGGGUUACUACUGAUAAAUUCAAAGGUGAAAAUCCAGAACAUGUUGAGAUUAUUCAAGGAAUUGAAAGAGGUGAUGCUUUACCUGGCUUAAGAAGCUAUGCUGAUAUAGCUGAAACGGCUAAGAAAGUUGGUUUUGAGGUUGUUAAGGAACGAGAUCUGGCUUUACCACCAGCUGAGCCAUGGUGGAGCCGAUUGAAAAUGGGUCGGCUUGCUUAUUGGCGUAAUCAUGUUGUUGUAACGGUUCUGUCUGCUUUGGGAAUAGCGCCUAAAGGAACAGUUGAUGUUCAUGAGAUGCUUUUCAAGACUGCUGACUAUUUGACCAGAGGGGGUGAUAAUGGAAUUUUCUCACCUAUGCAUAUGAUUCUCUGCAGAAAACCAAAAGAACAACAAAAUUGAAAUUCAGGUGGUGGUGAAUUGAAAGUGAAGUGAAGUGAAGGUAUCUUUAAUCUUUAAUUAAAAUAAAAAAUUUAUGUCUCUAAUCCUUCUUUUUUAUUUUUUUCAAUUUGUUUUUCUAUAAUUUUUAUUUUACUUUGGUUUAGUUUGAACUGGAUGUAAUUUGGUUUUUGCAAUGUAGUUUUGAUUUACAUUUUGCUAUGUCUUAUCAGCAAUUGCAGUGUAUGGAUUCUAUUUUAGUCUUUAGUACUAGUAGUACUAGUGUUUUUCAUUUAAUGGAAUUUAUUUAACUUAA